AUGAGAGGUGUAAAACGAUCCAGAAAUGACAAUGAAAAGACAAAGGCACAAAUACCAUAUAUUACCGCCACAGACCAGCCAGUAAUACCAUCUGUGAUGGAUUUACUGUGCGACUCGUCGCCUCUCCAGUGGUGGUACCUCAAUGCUCAUUUGCGCGAUCGAAAGGGAGAAAAGGAGUUUUCCUUUUUUGCGUCUUUCUUUCGCCAAAAGAGAGGAUUUGAUUCAUAUAAAGAUCAAGAGUACUCGAGUGCUUGUACGUGGGCUUUGAUCGAUGUAGGUGAGGAAAAGUACUAUGCUGACAGUUUACUUGAUCAUAAGGCGACAUCAAUCAUUGCUGAGCGACUAGAGGUGUCUUCGAAUAGUGGGAGUGAUAUUAAUCAUUCGGAGAGUGUAAUUUUGGAAAUGGCCAAGAAGGGGCAUCUUCCUCGACCAGAUAGAGCGAUGAAAAGAGCUGCUGUAUACAACAAGAGUCGCCUCGAAAUCAAUUAUGAUGAUGAAUGCAGGAUUACCGGAGAGGGAGAUGGAGAUAAACGUAGGUACACUGUUCAUCAUCACAACCCUUUGAGGGGUAUUACAGUGGAUUUGGAAUUCUCUGCAAGAACAGGCCCUGUUUUACAUGGCAAUGAUGGUAUCGUGAACAAUAUGUUCUAUUACUAUUAUCCAUCUAUGGAAGUUAAAGGACGGAUACAAAUAGGAGAUUUGAUCACCUAUGUUGAGGGUGAUGGAUGGUAUGAUCGGGAAUAUGGAGGAUCUGAGGACGAGACGGGAAGGGAUGCUCUUGAUAGUUGGACCUGGUUUUCUCUACGACUUUCAAAUGGCUCGCAGCUCAGCAUAUUCGAUAUUGUAGAUGCUGUGACUGGUAAGAAGAAAGAAAUUCUUGCGGUCCUUACUUCGGAUAAUGGUGAAAGACGUCUCUGUCAUGAUAUUACAGUAAACGAAAGCGAUUGGUGGACAAGCUUGGUAACGUUUCUUGAGUACCCCUUGAAAUAUCACAUUGAGGUGCCAUCUCUUGGAGUAUCGCUUGAUGUACGUGCCGCAUUUUCGCAUCAAGAAUUUGUUACUGUUGUGGUAUCAGGAGGUUUCUACGAAGGGCGUGUGAACGGGGAUGGAAAGUGCAAUGGUAGCCCUGUGAAUGUGAUUGGGUUUUGUGAGCAGAAGUGUUUUAAUUCAAAGGGUGAUAUUUCGAAAUUGUUGAAAAAUGUAGGUCGUUUUGUGGGAAAAACUCUUUCCAACAUAUAUCCUUUGGAGACAACAGACGAAUGGAUUGCCCAAAAUGUGCUGGGCCGUUAUUGUACUCACAAAGGCGUUGUUUCACGAGAUGUAUGUGACACAUUGUUCCGUCCAAUUCGUUCUAUUAUCGAUAGAGGUGGGAAAGCGUGGCGCAGUUUGGUACUUGUUUCAAGUUGCAAUGCCCUUUCACGUGAUUAUUUUGAUUGCACGAGAUAUAUUGCUAUUGCAGAGCUUCUUCAUGUGGGGUCUCUUGUUAUCGAUGAUAUUGAAGAUGAGUCUACGAUUCGUCGUGGAGGUAGAACUGCUCAUAUUGAUUUCGGCGUUCCUAUAGCGAUAAACGCUGGGACAGCGUGUUAUUUUAUGGCUGUUUCCCUAGCUGAAGUUCAUUUACUUCCUGUUGAAAAGGCUAAUCGUGUGUAUGAGCUAUAUUUUGAUGUAAUGAAAGCAGGUCAUGCUGGACAGGGAUUGGACAUUCGUGGUUUGGGCUCUCUGAUGCCUGACGUUGUUCGGACUGGUAACUCAAUUCCUCUUCAUGAUGCCCUGCAGGCUAUUCACACUUACAAAACAGGAGCGGUCGCAGGUGCAAUAUGUCAUGUUGCGUGCAUUUUGUGUGAUGCAAAUAAGGAGGUAACAUCAGCUAUGGAGAGUUUUGGACUAAGUCUUGGUUUAGCAUUUCAAAUCGUUGAUGAUGCGUUGAACGUUAAGGGGUUUGAAGGAGAUCUCAAAGAGGCCGGGGAGGAUAUCCGUGAUGGUAAAAUCACGUACCCUGUUGCGAAGGCAAUGGGAAGGUUAACUCUUUCUCAAAGAGAGCGUAUUUGGGAAAUUUUACAAGAGCACACAUCAGACUGUGGUAAGAUUAAAGAAGUCGUGGACCUGCUUAACAGUGUUAAUGCGAUUGAUGAUUGCCUAGAGGAAGCAAGGAAUAUUGUCGAUGAAAAAUGGGAGGUUCUUGAUCCUCUUCUUGAAGAUUCGCUACCAAAAGUGAUGAUGCGAACAUUUUGUGCAUUUCUUACCAACCGGGCGUACUAG